CCCUUGGAGAUAGGAACUCUUAUUGUGAGGAAACUGAGGCACCGAGAGGGUGGUUAACUGGCUAGUGAGUCCGCUGGCCCCAGAGACCAACCUAAUCCUGUGUUAUCCGGCCUCUCGCAGCAAGUGGAAAGCAUUAGACCCAUGCUGGGCCCCUGGAAGAGCCCUUGCUCGGUGUUAGCUCUGAUCCUUCUACGCCCUGCUGGGAUCCCCACGCGACACAGGGCUUGACGCUGGAUCACAGGAGAAGGCUGCAGGAGACCGGGGUACCCUGGAGCCUGUCUAGCACCCCAGGCCCACCUGCCUCGGACCCAAUGGUGACAGCAUCUUGUCACGUGACUAGUGAAGGCUUUCAGAUCGGCCUUGGUGGCUCAGGCAGGCAGGGCCUGGCCGUGAAAAGUGCCCCCAUUUAGCACCAUCUUUGAUCCUCUGUUUGCUGAAACAGACAAACAGAAAGGUGUGUUUACCUCUGGCGCCCACAGCAGAAGCAGUUCAGUGAGGAUGUUCUCCGUGAUGCAUCUCAGAUCCUGUGUUAAGGGCCGCACUGGGAGGCAGGGGCCCUGGAUCCCGAUUGUCCUCUGCCAGGAAGACACACGCAGCCAGGAUGAAUCUGGGACAAGCCGUCGCUUGUUACUUUAACCACCAUGGAGACGCCGGGCCACAGUGAGAUGAACGCACUCCCAUCGGGGCUCCUUUACUCCCACACUCAGUUGUUGAAGAGCAACCGUGAGCUUCUGGUCACUCACAUCCGCAACACUCAGUGUCUGCUGGACAACUUGCUGCAGCAUGACUACUUCUCGGCGGAGGACGUGGAGAUCGUGGGCGCCUGCCCCACGCAGCCCGACAAGGUCCGCAAAAUUCUGGACCUGGUCCAGAGCAAGGGUGAGGAGGUGUCCGAGUUCCUCCUCCACGUGCUCCAGCAACUCGCGGAUGCUUACGUGGACCUCAGGCCCUGGCUGUCGGAGAUCGGCUUCUCCCCUUCCGAGCUCAUUCAGAGCAAAGCUGUUGUCAACACUGACCCAGUGAGCAGGUACAUCCAGAAGCUGCGACACCAGCUGGGUCGCGACUCCAAGUUCAUCCUGUGCUACUCAAAGAAGGAGGAGGUGCUGCUGGAGGACACGUACACGGACACCAUCAUGGAGCUGGUCAGCUUCAGCAACGAGAGCCUGGGCAACCUGGGCAGCCUGGCCUGCCUCCUGGACCACUCCACGGGCGUCCUCAACGAGCACGGCGAGACCAUCUUCGUCUUCGGCGACGCCGGCGUGGGCAAGUCCAUGCUGCUGCAGCGGCUGCAGAGCCUCUGGGCCGCUGGCCAGCUGGACCCAGAGCUCAAGUUCUGCUUCCACUUCCGCUGCCGCAUGUUCAGCUGCUUCAAGGACAGCGACUCGCUGAGUCUGCAGGACCUGCUCUUCAAGCAUUGCUGCUUCCCCGAGCAGGACCCCGAGGAGGUGUUCGCCUUCCUGCUGCGCUUCCCCCACACGGCCCUCUUCACCUUCGAUGGCCUCGACGAGCUCCACUCGGACUUCGACCUGAGCCGCGUCCCGGACACCGCGUCGCCCUGGGAGUCCGCCCACCCCGUGGUCCUGCUGGCCAACCUGCUCAGCGGGAUGCUGCUCAAGGGGGCCACCAAGCUGCUCACGGCCCGCCCGGGCAUCGAGAUCCCGCGCCAGCUCCUUCAGAAGAAGGUGCUUCUGCGGGGCUUCUCGCCCAGCCACCUGCGGGCCUACACCCGGAGGAUGUUCCCGGACCGGGCCGUGCAGGGCCGCCUGGUGGACCAGCUGGAGGCCAGCCCCAGCCUCUGCAGCCUGUGUGCUGUGCCCCUCUUUUGCUGGAUCAUCUGCCGCUGCUUCCAGCACUUCCACAGCAUCUUCGACAGCUCCCCGGAGAUGCCCCGCUGCCCGGUGACCCUGACCGACGUCUUCCUGCUGGUCGUCGAGGUCCACCUGAACAGGACGCACCCCACCAGCCUGGUGCAGAGGAACACGCAGAGCCAGACAGAGACCUUCCGUGCCGGCCGGGGCGCCCUGCGCUCUCUGGGGCAGGUGGCCCACUGGGGCAUGGAGAAGAACCUAUUCGUCUUUGGCCAGGAGGAGGUGCAGGCCUCCGAGAUACAGGAGGCUGACCUGCAGCUGGGCUUCCUGCGGGCCGUGUCCGAGCUGGGGCUCGGAGAGGACCAGCAGUCCUACGAGUUUUUCCACGUCACCCUCCAGGCCUUCUUCACUGCCUUCUUUCUCGUGGUGGACGACAAGGUGGGCACUCCGGAGCUGCUCAGGUUCUUCCAGGAGUGGGGACCCCCUGGGGACGCAGCGGCGGUGUCUUGUUCUCCCCGCUUCCUCCCUUUCCAGUGCCUGGGGGACAGUGGCCUGGCGGAGGAAGACCCCUUCAGGAACAAGGAUCACUUUCAGUUCACCAACCUCUUCCUGUGCGGGCUGUUGUCCAAAGCCAGACAGAAGCUCCUGAGCCACCUGGUCCCCGCCGGGGCCCUGAGGAGAAAGCGCAAGGCCCUGUGGGCACACCUGUUUGCCAGCCUGCGGACCCACCUGAAGAACCUGCCCCGCGUUCAGUCCGGGGGCUUCAACCAGGUGCAGGCCAUGCCCACCUUCGUCUGGAUGCUGCGCUGCAUCUACGAGACGCAGAGCGAGAAGGUGGGGCAGCUGGCGGCCAAGGGCAUCUGCGCCAACUACCUCAAGCUGACCUACUGCAACGCCUACUCGGCCGACUGCAGCGCCCUGUCCUUCGUCCUGCACCACUUCCGCAAGCAGCUCGCCCUCGACCUGGACAACAACAACCUCAACGACUACGGCGUCCGGGAACUGCAGCCCUGCUUCAGCUGCCUCACCGUCGUCAGACUCAGCGUGAACCAGAUCACUGACAGUGGGGUCAAGGUGCUGUAUGAAGAGCUGACCAAGUACAAAAUUCUGACGUAUUUAGGCUUAUACAACAACCAGAUCACUGACGUCGGAGCCAGGUACAUCGCCAGGAUGCUGGAUGAAUGCAAAAACCUCUCUCACCUUAAACUGGGAAAAAACAAAAUAACAAGCGAGGGAGGAAAGUGUCACGCCCUGGCUGUGAAGAACAGCAAAUCCAUCUUUGAGAUUGGGAUGUGGGGCAAUGAGAUCGGGGACGAAGGAGCCAAGGCCUUCGCGGAGGCUCUGCGGGACCACCCCAGCCUGACCAACCUGAGUCUUGCUUUCAACGGCAUUUCUACAGAAGGAGGAAAGAGCCUGGCCCAGGCCCUGCAGCAGAACGCGUCUCUGAGGAUAUUCUGGCUCACCAAAAAUGAACUCGACGACGAAGUGGCGGAGAGCUUGGCAGAGAUGUUGAAAGUCAACCAGACGUUGAAACAUUUAUGGCUUAUCCAGAACCGGAUCACAGCCAGGGGGGUCUCCCGGCUGGCGGACGCACUCCAGAGGAACACUGGCAUCAUGGAGAUCUGCCUAAAUGGAAACUUGAUAAACCCUGAGGAGGCCAAAGGCUUUGAAGAUGAGAAGCGGCUUGUGUGUUUCUGAGGAUGCAUUCCUGUCCGUGGGUCUUGGCCAUUCUGUGGGUCACCUCGUCUUAGAUGUCAUCUAGAAGGGGCUUUGCGGAGACAGGACGGCCGGAAGCCCUCGGCCUUCAUACAGACGCCUGAUGGGCACACUCCCUGCACGGCUGUUGCAGUUUUGCAGAGAAAGAAGGGAAGGCGUGAGCCAUUUUGGUUACUGGAUAUAUAGGAGGAAGAGGUUAAUGCGUCCACGGUCAUUUUCACCUGAAACGAGAGGACGACUUUGAGCCCAUGCGCAUGCCUGCCCCGACCGCCAGGGGGCGUAGGCUGCCCUGCUGUCUUCCUCGACCUGCAGGACACGUGCGCAGCCGGUGGGUUUCCUGGAGAAAAGGUGUUCACGAACUCGUGUUUUGCCCGAAAUCUUUUCCUCAGACCCGCCCCACGCAUUGCUGCUAUUCCCACCUCGCGGCGGAAGGCACUGAGCUGUGUACAGUGUGGGGGUGGGUCCAAGGAGAGGACUCCCCACAGGCUUUUGCUUUAGUCCUGGGGUCUCACUGCCAACCAAGGCCACUGGCUGUGCUCUUAGCCGGACUGAGAAAGGGCGAUGCCUUCAGAAGCCGUGUGCGCACCUCGGGCUCCCGCACCGAUGGGCCGGCCUCCCCCGGACCUGGCCCCGGACCCUGGCCCACGGGCGGGCAGGCUGCUGGCCGGGAAGUCACCGCGCCCUCCAGCAGGCACGAGGCGUGGCCUGAGCUCCUGCCAUCCGCACAGAAGCUCCCCUGCCCCCGGGAAGGCUCCUCCUGCCCGAGUAGCUGUGAGGGCGCCCGAGUAGCUGUGAGGGCGCCGAGUUGGAGCUGCUGAGGGCCCGUGAGCAGAGCACGCGAGACCCCGCCCACCACGGCGGGCGCACGGCGGAUGCUACGUGGGAGGGUGGCGCUCGGACCAGAUCACUUGUCUUCUGCACACCCGCAGUUUCUAGCUGCCCGAGCCUGGGACGGGUCGAGGGGCCUGGAUCUGGGAAGCAUGCAGGUUCCUGGUCCCUGUGCCCACGCCCUUCAGCGCGCCCUGGGCGGGUCCUGAUGGAGGAGGGUC